AUGGGAACAGUAACAUUUUCCCAAUCGCCUACGCAUUGGUUGAAGGUGAGACAGGAGGGGCUUGGAGUUUUUUUUCUAAAAAAUUUGCGGUUGCACGUGACCCCUCAAUCUGAUCUAUGUUUAAUAUCUGAUCGACACGAGUCUAUAAAGAGUGCAUACAACAACCUAGACAAUGGCUGGCAAAAUCCUCCGUCAGUGCAUGUGUAUUGCAUCAGGCACAUCGCACAAAAUUUUAUGCGAGCGAUCAAGGACAAAGACCUCCGCAAGAAAGUUGUAAACAUGGGGUAUGCUCUGACGGAGUCUACAUACGCUUACUAUCGGGAGGAAAUCCGACAAACAGACAUGGAAGCUUUCAACUGGAUAGAGAAUCUUCCAAGAGAAAAAUGGUCGCGAGCUUAUGACGGUGGAAGACGAUGGGGUCACAUGACAACCAACCUUGUGGAGUCAUUGAACUCGGUGAUGAAGGAAACAAGGAAUUUACCUAUUACAGCACUGGUAAGGUCAACAUACUUCAGGAUGGGCACAUUGUUUGGGAGGCGAGGUCAUAAUUGGACAAAAAUGUUGUCAUCAAAGAAGGAUUUCACGGAUAAUUGCAUAAAAGAGAUGCAAAAAGAAGUAGAAAAAUCUCACAGUUAUAAUGUCCUGAGUUUUGAUCGUGAGAGAAACUAUUUCGUCGUCCAAGAGACAGUUAAUAAUAACGAGUGUCGGCCAGUUACUUAUUAUAACGUCGACCUCCAAAAACAAACAUGUGACUGUGGGAAAUUUCAAACUUUUCAUGUGCCCUGCUCGCAUGCCAUUGCAGCUUGUUCUCAUGUCCGACUCAAUUAUCAGAUGUUUAUCCCUCCUGUAUUUAGAGUUCGAAACAUCUUCAAGGUAUACGAACAAAGCUUCAUCGGUGUUCCCAAAGAACAUCAAUGGACUCCUUAUCAAGGUGAUAUUCUUUUCCACAAUGAAAGAAUGCGACGAAACAAAAAAGGUCGCCCAAACAGCACUCGCAUUAGGACUGAAAUGGACACCGUCGAGAAAGUAAAAAGACGAUGUGGAAUCUGUCAAGGAUUACAUAUGCGGAAAAAAUGUCUGCAUCGGCCAAAUGCAGCGGGCCCUUCUAACUAG